CAAUCCCGUCUCGUUCCUGGAUUUCUUUUUUAAUUUUUCAAUUUUUAAACCUAAAACAACAAUUUUAAAAAUAGUUUUAUAAGCAAAUGAGUUAAAUAAGUGAAAAGGCAACAGAGUUAAGACGAGUCCCCUGAGAUGGCAAAUUUGCUGAAGGUGGGACAGCGGGUCGAGGUGACCGGAAAGGAUAUCCAGGGAGAGGUGGCGUACAUCGGUACGACAGCGUUCGCCCAGGGCAAGUGGGUCGGUCUGAUUCUAGACGAGCCCAAAGGAAAAAACAAUGGGACGAUCAAGAACAAGACCUACUUCCAGUGCAAGGAGAACCAUGGGAUGUUCAUCCGCCAGUCACAGCUUUCAAUCAUCACAGACACAGGAAGCCGUAUCGACCUGGCGAACACCGGUAUGACUGCCUCAUCCCCGAGUGUCACUUCCCCCGAAGACCCUUUAAGAACACCAAUGAAAUCGAGACUUACAAGCGUCCGAAGGAAAUCUUCCCCCGCAUCGCAUGCUCCCCCAUCACGUGCAAGCUCGCGACAGUCUUUAAGCGGAAGAAGCAAAGAAUCCAGGAGCCGGGAGGAUAUGAACUCGUCCACAUCUUCUCUUGCCAGCACAGACACACCUUCAAGUAAAAAGUCAUUUGUCGAAAAACUUACACCAUUGGAGUCGCGGAAGACACCGUUAAUCACGCCUCGGCGGCCCAACAAAUCGCUCAUUCCGACUACAAAACAAACGGGCUUUGUCGAGACGCUCAAGCCCCAGUUUACACCUGGGCAGGUCGUGAGCACUGCUACAACGACGGUCUCAUCUGGGAGAGCUCUUGCCCUAGAGCCCAGCCCUGAGCUUGAGGCGCUUAAAGAACAGCAUAAAGAUCUGACAGAAAAACUGGAGACCUUAAGAAUCAGGUAUAAAGAGAAGGUACAUGAACUGGAAACACUUAAGCUCCAGCUGGAGCAGUCGGUCGAAUUCAAGAGCAAGAUCAUGGAAGCCCAGGCGUCCCUCAAGAAGGAGCUUGAAAAGGUCAAGAAGGAGAAAGAGGAGGCGGUCCAAGCGAGAGAGGAGCUGUCUGAGAUAGCGGAUACGCUAGAGAUGACCACACUCGACAAGGAGAUGGCCGAGGAAAAGGCGGAUGCUAUUCAGAAAGAGUACGAGCAGGCACAAGAACGCAUCGAAGAGCUGGAAAUGGAACUGGAGAUACUUAGAUCUGAACUGUCUGACAAAAUGGAAGGUGUGACGCAGCCUGCUACCGAGGAGGAUGGCUCCUCGUCUUUCAAGAUGAAGCAACUAGUACAGCAGAAUGAAAAACUAAAGGAGACACUUGUGCGAUUAAGGGAUUUGUCGGCUCAUGAAAAACACGAGAAACAAAAGUUCCUGAAGGAAUUUGAAGAGAAAAAGGCAGAUUUUGAUACGAUUUUCAAGUCGAAUGAAAAACUCAGAGCGCAGAUUGAUCAAAUGGAAGAGCAAAUAUCUGAACUUCAUGCAAACGUCGAUGCAGCUCUUGGCGCAGAAGAGAUGGUGGAAACGUUAGGCCAACAGAAGCUUUCUCUUGAAGAAAGGGUUAAGGAGCUUGAAGAGGCGGUGCAGGAGCUCGAAGAGCUUCAAGAUAUCAACGAUCAGCUUCAGGAAGGAUUCAAGGAGCAAGAGCUCGACUUCAGACAAGAGCUGGACAUGAAAAAUCACCAAGUGUGGGAGGCACAAAGAAAGACCGAGUCAGUCCUUGAGAGUCUGGCUGACCGAGAGCUCACAAUAGUGAAAUUCCGUGAACUAGUUCAGAGAUUUCAAGAAGAGAACCAGGAACUACGAUCACAGCUGGAGAUCACCUCCAAGUCAUCGUCGCUUUCUACUUCGGCCAUACCCGAAAUGCUCGAUUUCAAGAAAAUGUUCGCAGAGACAAAAGCGCAUGCAAGAGCCAUUGAGUUGGAACUGCGUCACAUGGAGGUGCAACAGGCGCAGCAACAUGUUCAGUACUUGCUUUCAUACAUGCCCGACACCUUUUUAACAAGAGGAGGUGAUGGAGAUGCGAUUAUGCUGGUGCUCCUUAUGCCUCGUCUUCUCGCAAAAUGCCAAGUAUUGAUUUCACAAUUACGCGAUAAAUUCCCACCGGUCACAACUGUCGAUAAAAGUAAUGUAACAUCAGCGCAGCAGUUUUCAGCCAUGUCAAGAUUUUCAGCGCACAUUCAUAUGCUGCAGGCAAUUUUGCACCAAUUCGUACACUCGUUGAAUACGUGCAAACCAGAGAUGCUCCUUAAAGUCGGUGCGUCAUAUCCGAACAUGGCGCAACAGGAAAAAGCGCUUGACUCGUACAUAGAAAUGCUAAAGAGGGAACAGGUCGACGAGAACCUGAACACAGAGAGCCUCGAGAAGAUAGUGACAUACUUUAAUACGCUCCAUCCAAUGCUGAUGUUACAAGGCGACGAUUGUUCCAUUCACGAAGGCCUUCUCCUUGCAGAUAUUGGAAAAGGUUUACUCUGUGCCUUAGACAGCGUACAAACAGACAUCAGCAUCAUCUCGGCCAUUUUACCCGAGGGUGAAGGUAUCGCAACAUUGAAUAAGAUCAAGCCUAGUUUUGAUACCCUACGGGCUCAACUACGCCAGGUGAGACACCGUGCCGAAAUCCCGAACCUCCUUCUCGGACAGAAUACCGAUUUGACGAGCAUCGCUCUUCCUGUCGUGACAUUGAGCAAGAUACUUUCUGGCGUCGCAUCUCGCCUCGCUGUACUUCCCACAGAUAAUGAUAAUACACUUUCUCCAAUGCUUCUUGCCGAGUUGUUAAAACAGAGCUUCAAUAAGCACAAUGACAUUAUCGGCGAUAAAGAGAGAAACGUAGACACUUACAUCCCAUGGGCUAUGAACACCGUAACAACCAAUGUGACCAAUAUUGUCAAAGCGCUCCAAGACAAUGAGGAUAAAUAUCUUUCCCUGAAAAACGCAAAAGAUGGAAUUGAUCCGCCAUUGGUGCUGAGAUCUAAGCAGGUCAAAGAAGAGCUCAACGCUAUGGCAGGCCUACGGAGGAAACUGGAGAGCAAGGAGGAAGAUCUGCGCGAGCUUAGGCUGAAUCUCCGUGCCAAGCAAGAUGAACUUGCCGAAAUGAUCCUCAGGAAAGAAAUUGCAGAUAAGAAACUCGCUAACGUCAUACGAGACAACGAAAUAACAGUUGAGACCUUAAAGAGAAAAGUCGACGAGGCGCAACAGCAGUUGAGAAGGAAGGAAAAAGAAUUCGAGGACACAAUGGACCACCUUCAGAAAGACAUCGACUCGCUUGAAGUGGAGAAGGUUGAACUCAAGGACAAGCUGAAAUCCGCACCGAAAAAGUCUUCAGAUUCAUUGAAAUUCAUAUCUAGCAGUAUGGUCACCAGUACGACAGAACUGCCCGGCGGCGGCACUCUCAAGGUCAUGGAAUCACCUAUCCUCCUCGAAGAGAUAAGACAUUUGAAAUCGCUCGUUAAAAAGGAAAGGAAGUCAACUAUGAGCGAACAGAUGAAAAAAUAUGUUGAUAUGCUUAACAAACUCGGUCCGAUUCAUAUUCCGAAGAAGAUCCCAGAUGACGAGAUGAAGCGUGUGAACGAGCUGAAGAAGAAGCUGAAAGAGCUGCACAAGGACUACUUAAACUCGAUGCCAACUGUUGUGAAUCUCUCAGGCAAGAAGCAUGAGCUUUGGGGCUCUGCGAUACGAACACAUAUCCUUCAGGAUGAACUUAGGGCGAAGAAAAUACGUGAAAGGACCAUUGCGCUUCAGAAUGAGGUCAUGCUCGAAGUAGUAAAGCAGAAGAAGGGCGGCCACAUCCUAACAGACUUAACACUGUUUCCGACGCCCGAAAUGGUCAAGGUGAUACAAGAAAAUGAGCCAGUUGACCUGUGCGAAAUUACAAUCCCAACAGUUGACCCGGUACUCGGUGGCAAAGUGAUCCCUCUGAACGUCGACAUACCAACUUUUGACAAUAUUAGAAAAAAAUUAUAUGAAUUAAGCGCUUGUUGAAAUCUUUAAUUUUAAUAUGUAUAUUAUCUGUAUAAAGGGAUUUGUUUUUCUACUAAUGA